UCAGCAACAGGCUGUCCCACAGCGAGGGCAGGAAUACCCCGGCACAGGGAGGGUAUAAAUACCCGGGCAAAUACUCAGCCCUCACUCACACCUGGAGCAGCGCAGCCUGUCAGGCCCCUUCUAAGCAACUCCAAACGGCAUCAACAUCUUCAUGGCCUGUCAAGGUCACCUUGUGCUCCUGCUGAUAGUCCUCUUUGCAUUCAGCACACACCUAUCAAAUGCCCAGCAUUGGUCACAUGGUUGGUACCCAGGCGGAAAGAGGCAGCUGGACACGCGCUCAUUCCCAGAGAUUUCGGAUGAGCUCAAGCCCUGUGAAGGAGAAAGUUGUGACUACCCAAUGAAUGAAAUGAGCAUUCUAAAGGGCCUUCUGACCCGAUUCCUGUUCCCAAGAGAGCGCCAGAGAAAAUGACCAUCCGUGGGCACCAGGCCGUGACGUUUGCAAGCCAUGAACUUCGUUAGGAAGAUCUUCCCACAGCUAUGGCCCCCCCCCCCACACACCAAUGGUACUGUCCGCUGGGCCAGAUCGGACAAAUAAACCCGACCCUAAAAAAUAAGAGAUUCUAACGUUUGCUAAUUAAAACGAAAUGUACAUUUUGAUCUUUAUGAUGAUUUAGACAAAAUAAGAAAGUAAUAAAGGAGAUUUAUCUUUAUGGAA